AAAUUCGUAAGCGAUCCAGGUUUUGCCUAUUACCCCCAUAUUGAUUGUUGUGUGACAGCUUUCUGGAAUACAUUUUACAAUGCUUCGACCCUAAUACAACGGAUUCUCAGGGUCGAUUUGCACAAAUCUGUUUUGGCAUCCUUCACAGCAAUGCUCAGAAAACCUGGUCGUGGAUUGUCGAUGUGUGCAUACUUGUAUAUGCAGUAUCUUACGAUCUGAUUAACGUCGGCUUCGUGUUGUUUCUGGUUGUCAAAAGAUUAAUCAUUAAAACUCACGGGAUUUUUCAUUUGUUAUGUACCUGUACACAGACAAUAUUAAUCUGACUGCAAAGUUUUUAUUCGUUGUUUAUUUCGAGAACAAUCCAAGCGAAUGAUGACUCUGCGUACCACAAUUGCACAUUUUGCGCUAUGAUUUGAAGCAACCGGAAGUAGAUCUGUCAAGAUGUUUACGCUAAUAGAACUCAUCGGUUUCGUGCUUUUUUUAUUUAUUAUUGCUGCUACUGGUCAGUCUGGGGGAAAUGAUUCGGUAAUGUGGAAUAUUCUGAAUAAAAAGACAUUGCACCUUCAUCCGGCGGAUGCUGCAUGCGUCUCUCCCAAAACAUAUUGUCUUCCAAGCGAUGCGCCAGCCGCUCCGGCAAGAAGCGAUAAUCCAGUGCAGCAGUGCCUUGUCGCAACAUGUACACCAAAAGAUAUUUCAAUUAGCGCUAUCAACGACGAAAAUUUGGGCAGUGUUUUUGUCACUCGCAGCUUGGACCGCCUGGAACUAGUGGCCAAUUUCAGUGGCAUUAAUUACGAUGUCUUCCACCUUCGGCUCGUCUUUUCUGGAAAUCCUCCUGCAGCGAUUGCCAUUGAACGAUUUACCGAAGGAGCCACAGCGUGGGUUUCAUGGCAGUAUUACGCCGUUGAUUGCAUGCGCUCCUUUGGCAUUCAGCCCGAUCAAAAGUUAGCAGCGGUCAAUACAAUACAAUGCAGCACCCUGCCGUGGGCACCAAAUGGAUCACACCGGCAGGAUUCUGUGUAUUGGAAUGUCUUUCAAGGACGACCUGGUGCACCGGAGAUUUCAAGAAAUCCUGAACUGCAACAGUUCUUUAGCACAGUAGCUGUGCGUGUUACCUUAGAAGGACAUCUCCUUCCUCUGCAGCCAGGCACUGUAGCAACCGGCACCGACUAUGGAUGGGACGUGUACCGAAUUGCCGAAGUUAGCAUCUAUGGACGUUGUGGUGACAAAUUCUACCGUUCCCUGAGCGAUCCGACAUCGUGUUUACCUUGCGAGUGUUCGUUACCCGGAUCGGUUAACGAAACCUGUCUCGCAACCGGGGCAUGUUUUUGCAAAAUUAAUUACACCGGCACCAAGUGUUCCGCCUGCCGCGCGGGGUUCUUCGAUGCCGCGCGUGGCUGUCUUCCCUGCAACUGUGCAGCGCUGGGAUCGACGGCGGAAGUAUGCGACAACCAGACCGGAAUGUGUUUGUGCGUCGCUGGAUUCGCUGGACAGCGAUGCGAUGAGUGUGAGCGGGGCAAAUUUCUGACGGGACAACGCUGCGUGGAGUGCGGUUGCGUGUCGGCCGGAACGACACCCGAACAAUGCAGUCGUAAUGGGACGUGCUUAUGCAAACGAUUUGUUAUAGGAACGACCUGCGAUAAAUGCUUGAAUGGAUUUGUAAAUUUGACCUCCGCAAAUCCGAACGGAUGUGUUUUAGGAGAACCACUCUUGGGUUUUCCGGCAACCCGUUUUCCGGUAUUGGCGAUGACAGAUUUGGAUUUUGAUCAUACCGUAGCCAGCCGUGCAGCACCGCUGUAUCCCAUUACGCUGGCACUGAACGGCGAUUCUGUUACCAAUAACAGCACAAUCGCUUCCGGAACAACGUUGUCUCUGAGCCAGACCUCAUCCCACGGCGACGCUCUCUAUCCCUGGCUGAUCGCAAUUACUGUGCUCCUUAUCAUUGCCCUUAUUAUCCUGAUAAUACAUUUUAUCUUCUACAUUCGACGGCGAAAUGCACACAAAACAUAUUCACCGCGACAGAUACCGGAAUUUUUAUCCGCGGAAGCUAACGCCCAUUUGCAUCCUGAUUAUGCACGUCGGCAUAUCCCACCGAAAAAUGCCAAACUUACCGGUUAUUUUUAUAAUCCGGAAUAUCCAAUUGGGUCACUGACACCCGGCGUGGACGAGUCUCGACACCGCGCUGUCGACGUUUUCAACCGGCAGCAAAAUUUAGAGGAAGAGGAUGAAGAUCUAAAUUACGUAGGACCAAAUUUGAGAAGGCCUGAUUUGGAUUUAUCCAGAGAGCCGGCAACGACAGGAACAUUUCGUCCGCACACCUAUCAUCGAUCUCCAAUUCAAAGGCAAGAUAUUGCCACAAUAUCCGGAGGAAUUGUUAACCAAAACUUUAAUCCUUCUGAUUUGCACCAUUGAUUUUUGUUGGUUUCUGAUGUUUUAGCUUUUAUGAAUAUUUCUUUCUGCCUAAAUUUUUUAUCAGUGAUGAACGCA